AUGUAUCCGGCUCAAAGUGGAAAUAAAUAUUUAGAUAGUGUAUUAGAUUUGAACAACCGAAAUAUAUCAUCAGUAGCACCAGAUGCCUUUCGAGAUACUCGUAAUUUGACAUAUCUUCUUUUGGAUUAUAAUCAAAUGACAUCAUUUGAAAAUGGAACUUUUUCGUAUUUUACAAAAUUGAGAAUGUUAAACGUCGCAAACAACAAAUUGAAGGAAAUACAGAAUGGAUUCUCAGAUGGCCUUGAACGCUUGAUUUAUCUUGACUUACAAAAAAAUGAAAUAACACAUAUUGCUAAACGCGCAUUUGUAAAUUUAUACAAUUUACGUAGUCUUAAUCUCAGCAAAAAUAAAUUAACAUCAUUAACACAAGAUUUUUAUCAUAUAUUGUCGACAGAAAAAGAAUUCGACUUUUCUUGGAACCAAAUAGCCUAUAUAGAUCCAUAUUUAUUUGCUAGUAAUACUUCAGUUUUUAAAAUUGAUUUGAGUCAUAAUAAUUUGUCAAUUAUUCGCUCUAAUGUGUUUUAUGAACUUAGUGACAAAUUUAUAGUUGAUUUAACUCAUAACGACAUUAAGUCUAUUGAACCAAACGCAUUCAAGUGUUUAACAUGGGAUAUAACAUUUGAUGCGAGUGUUGGUGUUAUAAGAAACCUUGAACCUUGUUGGUAUAAGUUGUGGCAGUACGGUGAAACAUGA